AUGUCUCUUCCAAACGUGUGGCAUCUCCGGCGCGUAGCCGAUACCGCGUCUAAAGCGUGCACUAUUUGCUACAAGCCGUCGACGAGCGUACUCAUAACGCCCGAUAACAAAGACUUUUUUUACACAUGUCCAGCGCACCUCAAAGACCGAAGCUUCUGCUCGCCAAUCGUCGACGCGGGGGAAGAAGCCAAGAAAAAAAAGGACGAAGAACUAGCACGCGAGAUUGAAAAUGUAAAGCGAGAAUACGAAGAGAAGCAGAAAAAGAAAAAGGAAAAGAAAGAAAAGGAGAAAAAGGCAGAUGACGAUAAAGAUAAAGACAAAGAUGAUAAGACGUCGGAAAAGGACGACGACAAAAAGGCAGAACAGGAAAAGAAUGCCAAGAUUGAGCAACUACAGAAAGAAGCAGAGCCCAAGGCUGAUGACUCACCUCGCAUAUUUGCAUUGCACAAGAAUUUCUAUCAAAUGCGCAUCAACCGGAUACGCAGUAUCGACUUGGCAAAGAGAAAUGCAGAACGCUUGAAAAAUCCAGCGUCGUUUCCAUCAGUGCCCAAGGGGGACUUGCAAUGA